AUGGCCAAAGUUGGAGUUAGCGCUGCGCUUCUGACCACAACAAUGCUGCUGCUGCUGCUGCUGCUUCAGCAGCAGCCACUGGGCGCUGCCGGCGAUGACGCUGCUGUCGACGACCUGCGCUACCGGCGGCAUCGAGGAUUCCGGCACCGGAACGCGCCCCAGACACCCACGGCGCCCGUGCAGCCCGUCCACCCGCCGCCCCCACCACCGCCGUACUGCAACGACACGUUCGCCCCCGAAGAGUCUCUCACGGAGAGCGGGGACGUCUGCGUGCCGGUGCCAGCGCCGUCUCCGCCAGUGCCGCCUCCCCGCGGCCUGCGGUGCCCGCCGUGCACCUGCCCGAGGCCACCGCAGCCGCAGCCGCCGCGCCCGUUCCCCGGCUGGCCCGUGCCACGGCCGUUGCCGGUUCCGGGCAGGGGCGGCGGCAGCAACGCCGGCGCCGGCUACGACUGCGUGGCGCCUCUGGCGCCACUGACGGCCUGCGGUGACUUCGUGACGGGGAACGAGACGGAGACGCCGACGCCCACCAGCGAAUGCUGCUCCGCCCUCGCGGCGUUCCUGCGCACGUCCAGCGCCGCGGCGGCUGCCGGAGGAGGGGACCACAUGCUACGCUGCCUGUGCCCGGUCAUCCUCGGCGACGUGAACAAGGUGUUGCACAAACCCGUUGACCCCGUCCGCAUGAUGUACCUGCCCAGCGCCUGCGGCGUCAUCCUCCCGCCGCAGCUGGGCGUCCUUCCCCCACCAACUUCCCACAGAGUUCGGGGACGGGGAGUGACCCAUCCCCAUAGACCAAUCGAAGCUGAGGUUAGUGGCAAACCAUGUCAAGAUCUUGCAAUGCUGAAGUAUCUACUUAGGAGUACAAAGUGA